UCCAAGAUGGCGGCGGCUGAAGGGGAGCGGUUGUGAGAGCGUUCAGCCCUGGGAUGUUGUUGGUGAAUUACAGCAGCAGCGAGGAGGAAGAGGAGAAGGAGGGUCCGGGCGGAGCGGGUGCCCGAGGCCAAGCAGAGGAAGGAGCUGCCGGCGGGGUUGAAGUGAAAUCCCAACACUUGCCAGUCCCAGAGAGUGUAAUGGGGAUGUUCAAGGAACUUGAGGAGUUGGAUGAUAGUGCGAAGCAUGAUGGUCGCAUACGAAGCUUUCCACACCAGCGAGGCAACUGGGCAACACUUGUGUACUUGGAUUACUACCCCGAAGAGGAGUUUAUCGAACUUAUUGAUGUGCUGCUAACUCAUUUGCAGACAUUCGGGCUGCCAAUGGUUCGCCUCCGAGAGUUUCAUAUCAGUCUGUCACAGACUGUCGUGCUGCGUUAUCAUUGGAUAAACAUCUUUGUGGAGUCGUUAAAGGAAAAGCUGAGCUCCUUUGACAGGUUCUACUGUGUUUCAGAUAAAGUGAAGAUCUACAUUAAUCAAGAAAAGACCAGGACUUUCCUUGGCCUAGAGGUUUCAGCUGGCAACAACUACUUAGAAGAAGUGGUCACUGAGGUGGAUAAAUGUAUGAAGGAGUUUGAUCUGAAAGCUUAUCAUAAGAAACCUUCCUUUCACAUCAGUGUGGCCUGGUGCUUAGGGGAUGUCACUACUGAACUUGAAAAACACAAUCAGGAGCUGCAGGCUAUAGUGGAUAGGUUUGAAAAUAAAAGCAGAGUCCUCCGAAUGUUUGCAGAUCAAGUGCGAUGUAAAAUUGGAAACAAGAUCUUCUUCUUUCCCAUGCGAUAGCAGCCAUUACUCACUUUGAACAACUCAACUAGAAGCAACAACUUGCCCUAAGAUUAACACCAAGAAACCUUGGGAAGAAACCUGCUCUUUCCCAUCUACCUCCUCUGGCUACAGAGAUGCAAUGUAACAGCUUGCCGGUAACAGGUCAUGUAUUUCGGCUAAUUUGUAAUUGCACUGAGCUAUUCAUCUUUCAGAAUAAAGACACCCUAUUUUUCAGAUGAAAGAAGAUAUGACGUAAGUAAAUAGUAAUUUUAUUUUAAAUUCCCAAGCAAUGAGAUUUACUUUUUAAACCCUAGUUCUACAAAUGUCUUUACAGCAGAACUGCCUCCAAUUCAGUGGAGUUACUGCACCUAACACAUCAUAAUACCUUAAUCACAUGGAUCUUCAAAAUCAUUGGAUUUUACUACUUGUUGAUAUUUUUUCCAUUUUUCAUUUAUUUCAUUUUAAUAUUGAACUAAACUCUGAAACUCUUAGGUCUUGUUGCAUAUUUAAAAUGCCUAUUCCAUAAGACAUAGGAGUGGAAGUAAGGCCAUUCGGCCCAUCGAGUCCACUCCGCCAUUCAAUCAUGGCUGAUGGGCAUUUCAACUCCACUUACCAGCAUUCUCCCCAUAGCCCUUAAUUCCUUGUGACAUCAAGAAUUUAUCAAUCUCUGCCUUGAAGACAUUUAGCAUCCCGGCCUCCACUGCACUCUGCGGCAAUGAAUUCCACAGGCCCACCACUCUCUGGCUGAAGAAAUGUCUCCGCAUUUCUGUUCUGAAUUGACCCCCUCUAAUUCUAAGGCUGUGUCCACAGGUCCUAGUUUCCUCGCCUAACGGAAACAAUUUGCUAGCGUCCACCUUUUCCAAGCCAUGUAUUAUCUUGUAAGUUUCUAUUAAAUUUCCCCUUAAUCUUCUAAACUCCAAUGAUUACAAUCCCAGGAUCCUCAGCCGUUCCUCAUAUGUAAGACCUACCAUUCCAGGGAUCAUCCGUGUGAAUCUCCACUGGACACGCUCCAGUAUGUCCUUCCUGAGAUGUGGGGACAAAACUGGACACAGUACUCCAAAUGGGGCCUAACCAGAGCUUUAUAAAAUCUCAGUAGCACAACAGUGCUUUUAUAUUCCAACCCUCUUGAGAUAAAUGACAACAUUGUAUUCGCUUUCUUAAUCACGGACUCAACCUGCAUGUUUACCUUUAGAGAAUCCUCGACCAGCACUCCCAGAUCCCUUUGUAUUUUGGCUUUACGAAUUUUCUCACCGUUUAGAAAGUAGUCUAUGCUUUUAUUCUUUUUUCCAAAGUGCAAGACCUCCCAUUUGCUCACGUUGAAUUCCAUCAGCCAUUUCCUGGACCAAUCUCCCAAACUCUCUCGAUCCUUCAGCAGCCUCCCCACUUCCUCAGUACUACCUGCCUGUCCACCUAACUUCGUAUCAUCAGCAAACUUUGCUAUAAUGCCCCCAGUUCCUUCAUCCAGAUCAUUAAUAUAUAAUGUGAACAGCUGCGGCCCCAACACGGAACCCUGUGGGACACCGCUUGACACCGGCUGCCAUUCCGAAAAAGAACCUUUUAUCCCAACUCUCUGCCUUCUGUCAGACAGCCAAUCCUCAAUCCAUACCAGUAGCUCACCUCGAAUACCAUGGGCCCUCACCUUGCUCAGCAGCCUCCCGUGUGGCACCUUAUCAAAGGCCUUUUGGAAGUCGACAUAGACCACAUCACUGGGUUUCUCUGGUCUAACCUACUUGUCACCUCUUCAAAGAAUUACAUCUUCAACUUGAAACUAUUUAUAAAUAUGUUUAUCUUUUGCAAUUUGUGUAUACAGUGUAGCAUUUUUUCCUUAACUUUAAAAAU